AUGUUCCGAAGCAGAGUUUCUGGCGUUUUCCAGCAGGUGCGAUUCCAGUCCACCGCUGCCUCCAAGGCUGCCUCCAAGGCCCAGGGUCUCGGAGCCAAGGUCCAGGGCAUCACCAACUGUGCCGUCUACUGGGCCAAGGUCACCGGUGAGCUCGGAAAGCAGAUCUACCUCAAGGAGGGCUUUGCUCCCCCCUCUCUUUCUCAGUUCCAGUCUGUCUACCAGAACCUGUUCAACUCCGUCAAGUCUUACGCCCUCAAGCCCCAGAAGGUCAUUGACUGUGCUGAGUCCAUCACCAAGACUGACGCUCUCCGAUACACUGCCUACGGUGUCCAGAUCCUCGGUCUCUUCACCCUCGGUGAGGUUAUCGGCCGACGAAACGUCAUUGGCUACAAGGUCCCCUCUGCUGACAAGCACUAA